GUGCCGUCAAACAAGCCAAGAUCAUGUGACUUCCGGUGAUACCAAUCGUUAAUAAAGGCAUCAACACUGGCAAUGUGAAGUCUUAACCUGUGAACAGUUCAGAUCAAUAGCUCGUUGACACGUCACAGCUCUCUCGGCCUACACUGACCCUCACUGUAUUGGGGGCAGAGACGGUAUUGUCCAUCUGUUUGAAUGGAAAUGGAACGACAUAGCCGCUGAGUGUGAGAGAUUUCUUGGACCUUAUGGCUAUUGUGCUGUCCAGACCUCACCAGCAAACGAGAACAGAAUUGUCACCAACCCUUACCGUCCAUGGUGGGAGCGCUAUCAACCCGUCAGCUACAAAAUUCAUACCAGGAGCGGCUCUGAGGAUGAGUUCCGAAACAUGGUUGAGAAGUGUCAAAAAUCUGGGGUUAGAAUUUAUGUUGAUGUCGUCAUCAAUCACAUGACCGAGUCUGGAGGUCAAGGUUUUGGUACGAAUGGAACUUUCUACGACGCAGACCACCUUCAGUUUCCCGGAGUUCCCUUCGGCCCGACGGACUUUAAUGACGGAAGCUUGUGUCAUUCUUGUGACAUGAAUAUCCACAGCUACGGCAACGCUGAGGAAGUCAGGAAUUGUCGACUUGUCGGACUUCAUGGCGGACUUCUAGACUUAAAGAUGGGCACAGAAUACGUUAGUGAACAAGUGUCCAGCUACCUGAAUCGCCUUGUGGAUUUGGGAGUGGUAGGAUUUAGAGUGGACGCUGCAAAGCACAUGUGGCCCGAAGAUCUGAUAGAACUUUUUAAUAAGGUCAAGGAUCUCCCUAUUGGAGGGCGCCCAUUUGUGUAUCAGGAAGUCAUUGACCAGGGAGGUGAACCUAUCAAAGCUGAGGAAUACUUAGCUACUGGCAGAAUAAUCAACUUUAGAUUUGGAUUGCAGCUGGCCAAUGUUUUCAGACGUCAGAACGCCAUGAAGUAUCUGAGCAACUGGGGCACUGGCUGGGGCAUGUGGGCAUCAGACUCGGUAGUCAACUUUAUUGAUAACCAUGACAACCAACGAGGUCACGGUGGAGGCGGAGGCGUUCUUACACACUGGGAGCCCAAACCUUACAAGAUGGCUACUGCCUUCAUGUUGGCCCAUCCCUAUGGCAUGCCUAGAGUAAUGAGCAGCUACGAGUACAACAGGGCCAACAAUUACGAAGGGCCACCACACAACAGCGACAUGACCACGGCCAGUGUCCAGAUGAGUGGUAUGAGGUGUACCAAUGGUUGGAGCUGUGAGCAUAGAUGGAGACAGAUCUACAACAUGGUCGGCUUCCGAAACAUGGUCUCUGGUACUGCUCUAGAGAACUGGUGGUCAGGGGCAGAUUACCAAAUAGCUUUCUCCAGGGGUGACAAGGGUUUCAUUGCCCUGAAUCUGGAAGGUUUUGACGUAAACCAGAACUUACAGACUGGUCUCCCAGCUGGAAGGUACUGUGACGUCAUCAGCGGUGACAUUGAGAAUGACAGAUGCACGGGCAAGACGGUAGAGGUGUACAACGACGGUACCGCCCAUAUCAAUGUGUGCUCAAACUGUGACGACCCGGUGCUGGCCAUUCACGUUGGCGCUAAGAUUGGAUCACCCCCAAGACGCUUUUAAACCCAACACAGAAGUUUUCAAGUAGAAACCCAUCAAUUUUUAUUAAUUUAUUUUAUUCAUUGAUGUAUUAUUUAACAUUAAACCAAAAUAUUUAUACA